AUGAUCCAGCCGGAAGGCAGCACGCGGCAGUCAGCCUGUAUUGCUCUUGUUCACAUACUCGCCUUCCUACUUCUCAUCAGUCUGAACGGGCUACCGUACUUCAUAGCUCAGUGGGCCCAGAAGCUCACCGGGGAUCAAACCAGCUCGGUCGUCUUCCAGCCGAUACUACUACAGUGGAUCGACGACUGUCAAGAAUCGCUCAUUUGUUACCUCAAGUCAGUCUUCGACAAAUUUGUCUUCGAUGUCCUGUCCAGGGAAGACGAAGUCAAAUCGAGGAGACUAAUCGCCAAAGCCGAUUCUGUCAUCACCGUCGUUAGAGUGUUUGCCGUCAAACUUCCGUCGGUCGGCGUCACAUUGCUUUUGGUCAUCCCGAAAACGAUGUUGUCAACCCUCUCCUGUGUCCUCGCGGCUGGGGCUUGGUAUCUGGUCUUUUUCGACGCAGUAAGAACGGCACAGAACGAGAAAUCGGACAGGAAUACUGCGGUCUCCGACAGAGAUUCCGAUGCGGAAGUGUGGCAGGAGAGAUACCUGCGGUCGCUCUCUGGCUUAUUCGCGAGGCUUCUCUCGUGGAGUGUGAUCCGCAGCGGCUGCUUUGCGGAAUUCUGCCCCGGUCUGGACCUCACUCUGACGACCCGAUUCGUUCACCAGGUUGCAGCUCUCGAGAAAGUCAUGCUGAAGUUGAUACAGAGUUCCGGUAAGGCGCAAAAGAUUGUCAAAGUCUUAAUGAACAAGCGCCCAUCCCAGAGGAUAAAUAGGCUGAGGGCCGCAAGCAACCGAAUUUGUGUUUUGUUCCAUUCCACCGUUCUGGGCAGUUGCUGCACAGGGAAGCUUCAUGGCAAGGCAUGGAAGCAUGCAGAAAGGCGCCCGUUGUUGCCUAUCACUGAUAGGACUUGUCAUGAGAGUCGCCUUGUGAUCUAUUACACAGUGAUGCAAAGAUGGGUCGCAGAGAAGUUCGAACAGGGUUCUCUGACGAUGCGCAGCUGCCUGCAGCAUCGGGCCAUUGAUACGGUCGUCCAGGAAACCCGGCCGCUGUUGGAUGCCAACCUGCUUCGAUACGCCAGUGCCAUUGUUUGA